CAGACCAAUCAUCGUGAGUGUACCCACACCAGAGAUUCCCUCCUACUAAAAAAUCCCAUCCUCCUUGAGGGCUUCAACUCGCUAUAAAGCCACAGCAGUUACCAUGGGUGUGUUAUGUCAGAAAGGACCGGCCAGAUCCUACAGUAUGGCCUGCCGACUCAUUAGUCUUGGACUUCUGCUACUGUUUUUUGCCGAUACCACUUCCCAAGGUGAGGUUGGCAACAUUGAUGGAGCUCUUAUUAAUGACUGUGCCAAUGAGGCAAAACAGCUGGUGGACAAGGCUUACAAGCAUACACGUGACAGUUUAAAGGUACGUGUUAGUAAGAAGACGGUGAAUCCCGCUGACCUCAUGGCUUAUUUCAAGCAGCCUGUGGCUGGGAGCAGAAAUGCCAUCAGAGCCGCAGAUUACAUGGAUGUCACGCUCCAGCUUAUGACUGAGAAGGUUAAGAACUUCAUUCAUAGACCUUUUAAUAUCACAGAUUUGCUGACAGAAAAACAGAUGGAAAUUCUGUCUCAACUAACGGGCUGCGCUUCACAGUAUAUUCCGAAGGCUUGUACAGACAGCCCCUAUCGUACCAUCACCGGGGAGUGUAAUAACAGGAAGAAUCCCCGACUUGGAGCAUCCAACAUAGGCUAUUUACGCUUGCUGCCAGCUCAGUAUGAAGAUGAUUUUUCUCUUCCACGUGGCUGGACGGAAAAUAAGACUUUCAAUGGAUUUCCCCUUCCCCUGACUCGUGCGGUAUCCAAUGAGAUUGUCCGUUUUCCUACAGAAGAUUUGACUUUGGAUGAAGGCAGGACCCUCAUGUUUAUGCAGUGGGGACAAUUUUCAGACCAUGACCUGGAUCUUGCUGCAGCAAGCCCUGCAAGGUCAACUUUCCUUAAAGGUGUGGACUGUGACACCAGCUGUGUCCGUGAAAGCCCUUGCUUCCCUUUGAAGAUUCCUCCAAAUGACCCUCGGAUUACGAAUCAGAGUGACUGCAUCCCACUGUUCCGUUCCGCUCCAGUCUGCAACCUUCAGUCUCCAGUACGUGAGCAGAUCAAUGUGCUCACAUCCUUCAUUGAUGGAAGUCAAGUUUAUGGCAGUGACGUACCAGUUGCUGAAAAACUGCGCAACAACACUAACCAGCUGGGUCUUAUGGCCAUUAAUGAGAACUUCACUGACAAUGGAUUUGCCUUCUUGCCUUUUGAUACAGUUAGCGGAGAUUUGUGUAUCACAACAAAUUCAUCGGCUGGAAUCCCUUGCUUCUUUGCAGGUGACAAUCGGGUCAGUGAACAGCCUGGUUUAACAGCUUUCCAAACACUUUUUGUGCGGGAGCACAACCGCAUAGCGGCUCAGCUGCACAAGUUAAACCCAAGUUGGUCGGGAGAGACUCUGUAUGAAGAAACUCGGAAGAUUGUUGGUGGCAUCUUACAGAAAAUUACAUACAACGAUUGGCUUCCUUUACUCCUGGGAUGCGAUACAAAAAGAGUCCUACCUCCAUAUAAAUCUUAUAGUGAGAAUGUGGAUCCAACAGUGUCCAAUGUAUUCACUAUUGCCUUCCGCAUGGGACACACCCUGAUACAGCCCUUCAUUUACAGGCUAGGUGAUGGGUAUCAACCUUAUAUGCCAGAACCUCAAGUCCCACUUCACAAGACAUUCUUUGCCAGUUGGAUGGUGGUGACACAAGGGGGAAUUGAUCCUCUACUCCGGGGUAUGAUUGCAAACCGAGCCAAACUGAACCGUCAGAACCAGUUGGUGGUUGAUGAGUUGAGAGAACACCUCUUUGAGUUUGUUAAGCGCAUUGGACUUGAUCUAUCAGCUAUAAACAUGCAAAGAGGCCGAGAUCAUGGUUUGCCAGGAUACAACGCAUGGAGGAGGUUCUGUGGUUUAUCUGCACCUCGCAAUCUGAAUGAGCUGGCCUUUGUGCUGCGUAACAGGGAACUGGCUCAGAAAUUCAUGAAACUCUAUGGGACGCCUGAAAACAUUGACAUCUGGGUUGGAGGGGUUGCUGAACCCCUGGUUCCUGGUGGAAGAGUUGGCAAGCUACUCACGUGUCUAAUUGGGAACCAGUUCCGCAGAGCCCGGGAUGGAGACAGAUUCUUCUAUGAAAACCCCUCAGUGUUCACCACUGCUCAGAAAAAAUCAAUAGAGCAGGUGACUCUGGCACGCGUUAUCUGUGACAACACGAAUAUUAAAGAGGUCCCUCGAAAUGUCUUUAUGGGGAACGACUACCCUCGAGAUUUUGUGAACUGCUCCAAAAUACCUGCGCUAGACCUGAGUCCAUGGAAGUUAUAGAGGAACUGAUUAUCACCAUUAGGAGCAGUGGAAAUCUGAAGAAAAUACUGUUACUCAGCAGCACUUGCUCACAAUGCCUACUCAGUUAUUUGGACUACAAGUUUCUAUGUAUGUUUGGGAGUGGAUCAGUG